GGGCGCUGGGAGGAAAUACAACCUUCUUUUUCCACUCUGAUCUGUGUAAGAGGAGCAUUUAAAAGCAGAACACUUUUGGUGGUCUUCAGAAAUCAGAAGACUUACAGAAAUGAAGCCAUUUGCGAUCCUGGUCUUGCUCUUCAAUGUGCUGCUCGUAUGCACUCUUACUAGUGCAGGGAGUGGACCUACAGCAAGCUGUUGCCUGAAGGCGUCUAAUACUGUUCUUCAGCGGGAGAAAAUUGCAAGUUAUCACAUACAGAAAGACAGUGGCGUCUGCCUGUUUGAAGCCGUAGUAUUCACCACAAUUAGAGGAGUCAGAGUCUGCUCGGAUCCCAGGAAACCGUGGGUAAAGAAGGCCAUGAAAUAUGUGGAUGGGAAGAAUAAAUCAACCCCCUCAUAUCAGUCAACACCAGAGAUGCCCACUUCCUCCAGGUGUACUUUGGACUCAACAAAAUAACAAGUCUUUGAUGCCCAUUUUGACUUUGUACUUUGAAAUCCUAGGAAGGAUCUGUUUUAAGGAUUCUUUUAAUUCUUCAAAAGAAACAUUUUUGGAUGAGCUCCAAAAGUCCCCCUUCUCAGAAACAAUUCGUUUCUUUAGUGUUUAUUAAGCAGCAUAAGCUACAGCAUUCCUUACUGUGGUUAAUUUGGUGUUCAACUUGACUUUUCUGGAUUACAGUAUUUUACAAUAAGUGCAAUAGACAAUGGUAUCCUACUUCAAAACUGAAUAUUGUUUUAUUAUUUUGUAAAUGUUCUAAAUUAUAUAUAUUAAGCAUCAUUGUAGGUGUCGUCUAUGAAUGUAUGUAAAUAUUUAUUCAAAAUAAACAUUAUUCACCUGUG